AUGGAGCCCCUGUUCCCAGCCUCCAUGCAGGACUGGAAUGUGUCGGUCACCCCUGGAGGUGGCCACAACGGGACACAGGGGGGAGCAGCAUCCUCGGUGGGUGCCCGGGCAGUGCUUGUGCCCAUCCUGUAUCUGCUGGUGUGCGUGGUAGGGCUGGGUGGCAACACACUGGUCAUCUAUGUGGUACUGCGCCACGCCAAGAUGAAGACGGUCACCAACGUGUACAUCCUCAACCUCGCCGUGGCCGACGUGCUGCUCAUGCUGGGGCUGCCCUUCCUGGCCACACAGAACGCAGUCUCCUACUGGCCAUUCGGCUCUUUCCUGUGCCGCCUGGUCAUGACGCUGGAUGGCAUCAACCAGUUCACCAGCAUCUUCUGCCUGACCGUCAUGAGUGUGGACCGCUACCUGGCCGUGGUCCAUCCACUGCGCUCUGCCCGGUGGCGCCGCCCGCGGGUGGCCAAACUGGCCAGCGCAGCCGUCUGGGCCUUCUCUCUGCUCAUGUCGCUGCCGCUGCUGGUCUUCGCUGACGUCCAGGAGGGAUGGGGCACCUGCAACCUCAGCUGGCCGGAGCCAGUGGGACUGUGGGGUGCCGCCUUCAUCACCUACACGUCCGUGCUGGGCUUCUUCGGGCCGCUGCUGGUCAUCUGCCUCUGCUACCUGCUGAUUGUGGUGAAGGUGAAGGCGUCGGGUGUGCGUGUGGGCUCUUCGCGGCGACGGCGGUCGGAGCGCAAGGUGACACGCAUGGUGGUGGUGGUGGUGCUGGUGUUCGUGGGCUGCUGGCUGCCUUUCUUCAUAGUCAACAUCGUCAACCUGGCCUUCACGCUGCCCGAGGAGCCCACCUCCGCCGGCCUCUACUUCUUCGUGGUGGUCCUGUCCUAUGCCAACAGCUGCGCCAACCCCCUGCUCUACGGCUUCCUCUCUGACAACUUCCGCCAGAGCUUCCGGAAGGUUCUGUGCCUCCGUGGGGGCUAUGGUGCAGAGGAUGCAGACACCGUGGAGCCACAGCCGGACAAGAGUGGACGGCCGCAGGAGGUGGCGCUGCCUGUGCGCAGCUGUGAGGCCAAUGGGCGCAUGCAGACCAGCCGGCUAUGA